AGUUUUGUUUGGAUUACGUUCGAUUUCUGGAAAAGUAUAAGUAUAAUAAUUCUUUAUUCUAAUCGCAAAAGAAACAAUGGAAAAUUACGGUUAUCCUGAGAUGAGAGAAGAGGUGAAGAGACUCUUGUCUUUUCAGCAGUACGCGAUUUUGUCGUCCGCUGAUGAAGAAAGCAUGUCGCGUUUCAUCUCACCCAUGAAGCUGUCAAACGCCGGGUUUUUCCGACAGGCAGGGUCUCCUGUGGAUGAAGUGACAUGCUUUGCAUGUUCUGUCACCUUUUCUGGAUGGAAUGGCCAAUCUCCGUUAGCUGUUCACAGGGUGUUAAACCCGGAAUGUCUGUUUCUGAACGAGGUGAGCGAGAACCGGCAAUCGACACAAUCGGCGUCUCUAGCAACAUCUACUAAUGCUGUCAGACGUAGAUUGUUUGAAACACCAGAGCGUGGUACAGAGCAAAAUAAUGCUGGUACUAGUAAUAGUUCAGGAACCCCCAGUGAACAGCAAGAUCUGCUACCUAGGUUUGCGCCUGUCUGUGGUGGAAACGAAAUGCUGUUCGAGACUCACAGAUUGCUUACGUUUGUAGACCCGAGUAAUCGUCAGUCGGAAGAAUGGGCAGCUAAUGGUUUCAUAUAUCAGUCCGAGAACAAUGCAGUCAAAUGUGUUUUCUGUGGUAAGGAAUCAAACUUUGAAACUGAACAACCACCUUUUGAAGUCCAUCGAUCUAUCUCAGCUAACUGCCCCAUUGUGAAGUACAUUGAUGUUGGUAACAUUACCCGAGAUCUGGAAACAUCGGUAAAAUCACAACAAUUGAACAUUGAUCUGAAUGGACAUUCACAAAGAUUGUUAGGAUAUCUACAUCCACAAUUUGAAGACGAAGAUGAUCGGAAGAAGACAUUUGAAUAUUGGCCGUGUCUCCCACAGACGGAAGAACAACUGGUAGAAGCUGGAUUUUACUUCACUGGCAUCUCAGACAAAGUUGUUUGUUUUGCUUGUGGUUUUGGUCUGCGAAAGUGGAGGCCAUCUGCUGAACCAUGGGUGGAGCAUGCCCGUCACUCACCUGACUGUCAGUUUGUCAAGGAGAAAAAGGGGGAGGAGUUUAUACGACAAGCAGCUGCAGUAACAGAGGUUCUGACAAAGUGUGAUCCUCCACAAGAAGGUCCUGUCAGUACCAAUGGUCCAGUUCACACAGUGAACCCUGGAAAACCACAUCUUGAUAUGUCAGCCGUUUCUGCAGCCAUGGAAUGUAAUUACAGCAUUGAACAAAUUCGUGAAGCCGUCCUUAGAUUUUUCAUGUUGUCUCGUGGUCAGUAUCCUAACUCCUCUAUCCUUCUGGGACUGCUACAAGCUACAGACACAAAUUUCACCAUGCUGCAGAGAAAGGAUGGAGAGCUACAGAGAAAGGAUGGAGAGCUACAGAGAAAGGAUGGAGAGCUACAGAGAAAGGAUGGAGAGCUACAGAGAAAGGAUGGAGAGCUACAGCUUAAUUACCGAGAGCUGCAAAGGAAGAAUGAGGAGCUUCAGAGGGAGAGGGAGGAAUUACAGAGAAAAGAAAGAGAGCUGGAGAUGAUUCAGCUGGAGGCACGUGCGGCCGAGUGUCAACUUGUGAGAGAGCAGCAGACGCACCGCGCUCUGGUCGAGGGUCAGGCGGCCGUCAUACAGAGACACGUCCAGGAGAUUCGCAACAGAGAACAGAACUACCACCAGCUACAGCAGCAGCACCAGCAGCAGCAGCAGCAGCUACAGCAGCAAUCACAGAACUACCAGCAGCAGCUGUAUCUUGCCAACCAGCAGCUGUACAACCAGACUCAGCAGCUGGAGAACAAGCAGCAGAUUGAGGAGAACCAGACGGAGAUGAUCAGACGUCUGGCGGGCGAGUUACAGAAAGUCGGACGAGAUCCACGAGAAAUACCUGAUGAUGACAGUGAAGAAGACACAACGCCCCCUGGUGUCAUUAGAUGUAAGGUCUGUCUGUCAGAAGAAGUGAACGUAUUGUUCAGACCGUGUCGUCACAUCUGUUGUGGGUCGCAGUGUGCACCACAGUUCAUCGGACAACACUGCCCAGUCUGUCGCGGCGCGGUACAGGAGUGGGAGCUCAUAUUCAUAUCAUAGACUUCACGAUUUGUCUUCACAUCGAAGAUUACCUAUUUGUCUUCAUAACAUACAGUUCACGAUAGGUCUUCGUAUCAUAGACUUCACGAUUUGUCUUCUCUAUUUGUGUUUGUAUCAUAGACUUAAAUUCACAAUAUGUCUUCAUGGGAUAGAGUUUUUGAUUUGUCUUCAGAUCAUACAGUGCAUAAGUUAUUGGAAAUGCAUAUUUUCAUUUUACAGCUUUCACAGUUUGUGAUGCAAUUUUGGAACAUAAUGUUUGUUACAGAUUUGACAAUUUUUCAGACCAGAUUAUAUAAUGUUCAUUGUAUCUGUACAAUACACCAGUUUGAUAUUCAUAGAGGUUUUUUUCUUAUCUCAAUUUCUCUGUUUCUUUCCUUUUUACAUUCUGUCCUUUCAUUGGAUUUGUAAAUUAGCAUUUAAUGUGUAAAUAUUAAUACAUGUAUUAUAUAUACCAUUACAAUAUCACAUUGUUUGAGUACCGGUUGUAAAUAGUCAUAAAGCAAACUUGGUGCAAAAAUUUGAUAUAAUUCAAAGACAUGUUUCAUUAGUCAUUAUUACUUAGCAGUUAUUACUUUUGUACUAAUUUACUGUUGAAAAUUGUACCAUAUACACUGGUAAAGAUUGUUGUGUAUUUUAACUUAAUGUUUUUGAACUCAUGCAAAAUUGUAAAAUUAAUUUCAUGUUAUUCAAAGUUUCAGUUUGAUUCCAUUACUGUGAAAUUUCAUUAAUUUGUUUUCAUAUCGGUCAAUAAUGUAUGUUUAUAAAUGGCAAUGUUAUAUAGAAUAGGGCACUAAACAAAACUUGACUAAAGGUUUUAUAAUAAAUAAUAAAUAGGAUUGUUCCAAACACAUUUAUAAGACAUAAAAUCAGGAAAAAUAACUGAAAACUAGUUCAGAAUAAAAUAAUUACCCCCCCUCCCAUAUAUAGAAACUAAUCCCCCACUCCAGGGGCCUAAUUCACUAAACUCUUGCAACAUUGCGAUCUCGCAGUGCAAUGCUAAAAGACUUGCAAAGAGGAUGCUUUGUUGUCUAACAGAACCUAAGAGACCUUUGUGAAUUAGGCCCCAGAUAUUGUUCCUAUGAAGCGAAUACAUUAUAUCUAAAAUUGUAGAAAUGGUAAACCACAUGAUGCUAUUUUUCACAUCUCUCAGUUAAACAUAUAAAAAUGCAGCAAGUAUUUCUGUCACCAUUUGACAUGAAAUCAUACAUAUAUUAAUAUAAGUUAUAAUGUGUACAUUCCAAACCAGAUUCCGGUUAUGGUAAAAUGCAAUAUCUUUAAAGGCACUGCCAUUUGCAGAUGUGUUAGCUGUAGAUUAUGUCCCUUUAAUUGUCACACCACUGCCAAGGUUUUGUCUCAUACAGAUGUGAAUUCUUAGUAUGACCCAUCUUUCAGUUAGUCUCUGACAACAUCUGUUCACAUAAAUCUUGUGUUGAUAUUUCUUGGAAAACUCAGAUGAUUGUUAGAAGGAACUUUUAAAAAUGCAUCUAAACAAAAUAUUUCAAUGUUUUAAGAACAAAUUGUAAUUUAUUAAAAUGGUAAACAUUUUGUUGCUUUUGCUGAUUAAAAACAAUAUGGUUAAGUCUUUGUUCAAAUCUGUUUGUACAGAAAUACUUGUUUGUAUAUUUUGACAUACAAAUGUAUUAUAUUAUAUUUUAGGUUUAUUUUUUCUAAACUCAGUUUAUGAAUUUUAACAGAUUAUAAGUGUGAUUAGUAGGUAUUUAUUAAAAGCUUAAUAUCUAUGAAGAUAAACAUGUAAUUUUUGUAAUACUAUGUUUUGAGUAGUAUAGUUUAUAUGUAGAACAUAUAUUGGUAACCAUAUUUGUAAAUACACCAAUUUUUAUGCAUUUUGUGAAUGCAUUACAUUGUUCCAGAAUAUUUAAUGUUUUGAGUAGUACAGUUUAUAUGUUGAACAUAUCCCGGUAAACAUAUUUGUAAGUGAAUUGUGUUGAUACCUUACAUUGUUCCAGAAUAUUUAAUAAACAUUUCACAGAGAAAAACAAUUUACACUUUUUUAAAAAUAGAGUAAAUAUUAAAUGUACAUGUAUUUGAAAUUAAAAAAAUUAAAAACAUAUUUAUUCAUUACUGAAAUGCAUUAAAAAGACACCAAGUAAAAUCUGUGUUCUGCAAUGAUGUUUUAUACAUCUGCAGUAGAAUCUGUGCAUUACUAGGCUUAUAUGGAGUAAUAACAGUAUAUAUCCUUACGGUAAAUUCAGCUGGAGUGGUUUCCCUUAUCAGGCAUUGAGCUGGAUACGUCCCUGUAGCAAUAUUUAUUCAACGGUUUUUGAUCUUACAUACCAACCUUAAUGGUAGGAUUAGAUUUAUUUUUACCAUCAUAAUCUGAAUGUAAUGUUGGAAAUGUUAUGUUUGUGUUGUGUCCUAGUUGACAAAAUGUUACUUCGUCAUUUAAAAUUAAAUUUUAAAUAUAUACCAGUAUUUUAAUUAUUUCAGCCUUGUUUUGCUACAGAUUGUUUUACUGUUAUUAUGUCCUUUUAAACAUUGACUUCCACUGAGGUAUCUUAUUUUGUGUCAGUAAUUCGGUAGUUUUAUCGGUUUAAGAUAUUUUACUGUACAACACAAAAAAACCCCAACUAGAUUCUAUUAUGUAACACAAUAUUAUAAAACUUCAUGGUAUAACAGAUUAGAUCAGAUAGGCUGUUGUGAAUAAAACAUUUUAAUAUACUGAUUAUUAAUUAUAACAUCAAAUAUAUAUCUUAGUACUUAACCCACAUAUAUUUUAUUAUAUAAUGUUGAUAUAUUUGAGCAUAUAACAAAGACAUAUUUGACUACACCAAAUAGAUUUGAGAUAUAUGUUAAUUCAUAAUUGAGUUUUAUAUGUAGCACAUUAGAUGUCACAAGGUUUUACUAUAUAACAUCACAAAUGUUAUUGUUUUUGGUUUAUAAGGUUCUAGAUUUGUAGAAAAAAGAUCAUAGCCCAGUGAUAAAGCACUCGCUUGAUGUGCGGUCAGUUUGGGAUCGAUCCCCAUUGGUGGGCCCAUUGUGCUAUUUCUCGUUUCUGCCAGUGCACCAUGACUGGUAUAGCAAAGGCCGUGGUAUGUGCUAUCCUGUCUAUGGGAUGGUGCAUAUAAAAAAUCCCUUGCAAGUAGUAUAAGACUAUAUUUCAAAUUAAACAAAACAAUUUUUUUUUUUUAGAAAAAAGAUAGGUUGGAGGUUAUAUUUGAAUAACCAGUAAAUGGACAGAUGACAAUAAUUUGACUGAAUUCACUUAAGAUGUUAAUAUUGAAACCAGUGAUAAUGUUUUAAUGUAUUUUAAUCAAUUAGUGCUAUGCAUGUAUAUAGCUUGUGAAACUUAAUGCGUGUUAAAAGUGUCAAAAACCGAGUGAUUGAAUUUUCUAUUUUAUUUUCUAUCUGUACAUAGUAAUAUGAAUUCAUGUGUAUAUGGAGCUAAUAGUUUCUUCCUCUCAUGGUGCAGCUAGUAUUAUAGAGAUACUUGUAUAUUUAUAUUUAUAUAUAUUCACGACUUCUGGCGUUUCUGUAUUGAAUACAGUCCAUGUCUUAUUAUUGUUAAAGUAGUUUUUGUUUUGUAUAUCACUUAUUAAUGUAACAUGUAAUCAUAUUGGUUAUAUAUAAUAUGCAUAUUGAGCAAAGUUUUUAAUUUUGGGAAUAUGUUUUGUUUUUAAUGUACUUAUAAAAAUAUUGUGCCAUACUGAUUUGAUGUUUCAUGAAGUCAUCUUUGAAACCUUUUAACACUUUAUUAUUCAUUACAGAAGUUUAAAAAAAAAAAAAGUUUUUAAAACAAAAAUUUAACUGGGGGAAAAUUGUUUAAAAUAAGUAGUCUUCUUUUCAUAGAUCUUUUUGAUAUUAUUUUAUUUUAUGAAAGUUCUGGACAUUUUAAUUAAAAAUAAAAAUAUAGCUGAAACAUCUUAUCAUAUCUUAAUCAUUUUGUACAUAAAUGUAUUUUAUUAGAGUAGAUCAUUUAUAGUUUUAAUAAUUCAACAUAAAAAAUAGUGUUUUGAAUUAUGAUUUUUUUGUAUUUUACUACAUGCAUGGUGUAUUAUUGAUGUUAGUUUUUAUUACUGCAGCUGUGUACUUCUCUCUGUCUAUUUCUGUCUCUCAUUAUUUAUUUUCUUUCAUCACAGCAGCAGAAGAUAUUAUUUUAAAUUAAUUGGAAUAACUUUGAAGAUUUGAGAAAUUAUGAAUCAUGUAUGAUAUUAAUUUGUUAUGGCUAUCUUUUCUUAUUGAUCUAUUUCCAUUUAAACAUCCUACAAGUACUCAAGUCACAGUUAAACCAAAUCUGUUUCAUUCAUGAUAACGCAUAUAUUGGAGGUUAUUAAAAGUAAUCUGUUUUAAUGUUUGACAGUUCUUUGACAUAUGACAGAUUUCAUUCAUUCACAAAAAUUUAAAAAGUGGAAGAAUUACAAAUGUAUUUCUCAUGACUGGAAUAGAAAAUAUAUAUUUUUAAAAUCAUUUAAUUUAGUCAUAUUCCAUGGGUUGAUUAUUAUAAGGCAGCAAAAAAUAAAUUAUCAGGCAGUUUAUUUUGUUCAGGUGUGAAACUUUAUUUUAAAAUACCUUAAAGCUAUAUUUUUAUGGUCUUAACAUAUUUUUAGACAUCAUGUAUGAAUUUUGUUCAAAUACAUUUUACAUUUUUUGUAUAAGAAUUUAUGCUGUAAAGCCCUAGCUGAAAAUGUUCAUCAAAUAUUGUUUUCCAUUAAAAUACUCGUACUAUGUUGUUUAAAUUAAUAUUGGCAGAACAAUAAAUUGAUAGACUUUAUUUCUUGAAUUUCAGUAACUCUGCUUCACUAUAUUGAAUUAUUGUUAAUUUUAUAGUGAAAUGUUUCAAAAUGUCAAAUCUCAUUGCUGUUAAUGUCAAAUGAAAAUAUUUUUAUAGAUUUUUAAAUCUUCCAUUUAAAAUUUCCCUGUUUUAUGUUCAUUACCAGUGUCAAAAGAACCACAUAUUUCAAUUAUUUGAAAACAUAUUUUUUUUUAAUCCAGCUUAAAAAAGAAAAGUUAAAAUUUAAUAUGAAUUUAAAACCCAAUAUUAAAAAAACAAUUCCUUUUAGUAGAGCAUUGUAACAAAGUUUAACGAAAAGUGUUUUAAUAGUGAAAUGAAAUUUGAAUAUAUUUUACAUUAAGUUUUGCCAUGAAUUUAAUACAAAUUUAAUACCAUUUUAAUAAAGAAAUGUUGUCCAUUGUUUGCCAACAAAGAGAUUAGAAUGUUUAUUCUAGGUAGUAUUGAUUGAACAAUAUAUUAAAUUAAGUACAAAAAAGUUUUAUGUUGGACUUUGGGAGGUUUGUGAUUCUUGUAAAAUUUGCAGAAAUACUAGUACAUCAUAAUACAGUUUAACAGAAGAUAUUUGUUCCCAUUCACACCCCAGAGAUUUAAUGACAUUUUUAAAAUACCUUUUCGUAUGGUGUUUCGUUUUCUCUCUCUUUUUUUCAGUUUUGAUAUAUUUUAAAAUUAAUGACUAUCCCAAAAAUAUUUGGAAAAGUAGUUUAAUUUUAAAAGUUAUAACUUAUUGAAGUUUGUGUUUAUAUUUGUGCUGAAAUCCAAUACUGGACCCUUUAAAGCACUAUUUAUAUAUUGGAAGACACCCUUGGUAGUUGAGAGAGAGAGGGUGUGUGUAUGGGAACUGCUGUAAAAUUAAAAGUAGUUAUUAAAUAAUGAAAAGAUUAAAGUAAAAUAUGAGUUAUAUGUCUCGGAAACCGAUUACAACGUUUUCGUGCUGUUAUAUGUAUUUGAUUAAUUUAUUUCCGGUUUCUUUCUUUGUCACAUUUUUGUUCAUUACCAGCAAACUGGAAAUAAACUUGUAAAUAUA